AUGCACUUCUAUUCGAAGGCGCGACAACCACGCCCAAGCAUUAAUGAUCCCUCCGUAAGACCACUACGAUUGGGGCUGCUGAAAGCGGCGACCAUCAAUCUUCUUGCUCUUCAAUUUCUCUUCUUGGGACUUUUCUGCUAUAUUUUUGGUUCCUUAUUUCAACAAAACACCCACGUUCACAAUCUCAACGUCUUAUUUGUGGACUACGAUGGAGGUGCCAUAGGGACAGCUGUUCGCAAUGCUUAUCAGCAAGUAAAAGGACCUGAUUUCCCAACAUUGGUUGAAUAUCCUGCAUCAACGUACCCCGAGCCUAGUUCAAUUACUCAUGCAGUAUGCAAAAUCAAAUAUUGGGGUGCUUUAUACGUGUCACCCAAUUCAUCCGACCACUUGAUAGCCGCCCUAGCUGGUGGAUCGGCCGCUUCCACAUACAAUGCCAGCAAUGUCUUGACCUUGGUGUGGAAUGAAGCACGCUAUUCGACCGUGGUGGAUUCGGCUAUCUAUGAUACCUUAACAAAGCUAUCACAAGACGCCCGAGUCAUUUACAUGAAGUCCAACGGUCAAAAGACUAUCCAAGCUUUGAAUAGCUCCGACUCGGCUGCCCUGGGAGUGUUUUCGGAUCCGUGGAUUCUAGCAUCGGAUAAUAUUCAGCCAACUUCACAAGGCUCACGUCUGAUAUAUAAUACUCUGGUCAUUAUUCUGAUUCUUAUUCAAGAAUUCUUUUACCUAGGGUAUGUCAACGGGCUUUACCUACAGUUCAAGCUCUACGUCAACGUACACCCCCAUCGUGUUGCAAUCGUGCGUCAAAUGAUUUCGGGAACCUAUACGUUUGUCGGAUCUCUGUGCACCACUGGCGCCAUAUGGGCUUUCCGGCAUGGCUGGCAUGUCAAUGGCAACCAAUUUGUCUUAACUUGGAUGGCCCUGUGGUUAUUUGCCCAUCUCAACUUCUUAGUCCUGGAUGUUUUCACCAUCUGGAUUUCUCCGCCAUUUGUACCUAUGGCGCUGAUCUCCUGGAUUGUGUUAAAUGUUACGUCUAUCCUUUUGCCAUUUGAGCUCUCUCCUGGCUUCUACCAUUGGGGCUAUGCGUUGCCUGCGCAUAGCAUUUUCCAGGUCCUGAUCGAUAUCUGGUCUGGUGGAUGCAACCCGCAGCUUGAUUAUGCGCUCCCGGUCCUCUUUGCAUAUGAGAUAUGUGGACUCGUGUUGAGUACAGUUGGUGUUUAUCGACGUUCGCAUUACGCUGUUUUGAAACAGGAAACCGACGAGAAGGUUUAUCAAGAACGUGUCAUGGCGGCUAUCAUGGAACAACAAGAAAAUAGACUCGCCAGAGAGGAGACGGGGGAAACUCUCCCGGAAAUUGCCACUUCUGGCAGUGAGCAGGAUGAAACACAAAGGCCGCGGCGUGGUACUGUGACUUCCCUAGCCGAUCAGGAGGAGGUCAUGGGCAUUAUUCGACGGGAGAUGUCGCGGCCGAAAACCGAGAAAGGCUCCACGAGUCGAAAUAAUGAUGGGCCUUGUUUUGAUUUGCCUUACAACGAUUGA